CAAAUCUACUUUAGUAUUUUAAUUAAAUAUUAAUUCUAUUUUUUUUUUUUUUUUGUAAAAAAAGCAAUGCAUCAAUUUUCUAGAAAAGUUAUUUUGACGUAUGCAUUUUUAUAUCAAAUUGUCAAUAUAAAAUUGCAAUGUAUGGGUAUGGAGGAACUAAAAACAGAUAACAUAAAAUCUUCUAUUAGAUACAAUUAUUUUAAUGCUCAUGAAUGGGGUAAUAAUUAUUCUGAAUGUUAUGGAAAUCGACAGUCACCAAUUAAUAUUGAUUUAUCGCAAAUUUAUCCAGAUGAUCAAGGUGUUAAUUUAACAUUUCAUGGAUAUGAUGUAAUACCAAAAGAAAUGAAAUUAUUAAAUAAUGGACAAAAAGUCAAUUUAAAUGUAGAGUGGGUAGAUUUUGCUCCUUUUGUUACAAUUGCAUCCAGUAAUUACAUUUUUGACAGUUUACACUUUCAUUGGGGUAUUAAUGACUCUGAUGGGAGUGAACAUACUUUUAACUAUACAAGCUUCCCUUUGGAAAUGCAUUUAGUACACUAUAGUGAUAAAUACGAAAGCUUCGAAAAAGCUUUAAACCAAAGUGAUGGAUUAUUAGUUAUUGGGACAGUAUUUCAGAUUAAUGAGGGAGAAAAAUCAGAUAUUUCUCCAUUAGCAGAGAGUAUUUUAUUAAUUAAAAAUAAAAGCAAUUCAACGACAGUUGAACCAUUUCCAUUGUCAACAUUUAAAUUUACAACAGAACAUGGAUAUUAUAUUUAUAAUGGGUCAGUGACAAGGCCACUUUGUUGGGAAAAUGUUUUGUGGAUUUUGAGCACACAAAUUCUGUCCGUAACAAAAGAAGAGAUGCAAUGCUUUAGAUCAAUUGAACUUUUAAACAAUGAAAAAUUCAAUCACCGACCAAUCCAGUCUUUAAAUAAUCGUAAAAUUAUUUAUAUUCCAUAAUUAAACAAUAGGGUUUUCAGUUUAAAAUAAUAAACUAUAAUAUUUUUUUUUAUCUAAGUAUCUCUGCAUAAAACAGUGAAUUAUUUCCAUUUUAAUUAAUUAAUUAAUUGAUAUAAUUUUGAAUAAUAUAGAAUUCUGAAUUAUGCGAAUUUCUGCGAUUGAAGGAAGAAAAUAUUUUCAAAGUGAAUCUGAGAAACAAGAUUCACAAACAAACGAAAGUUGAUAUUUUCUCUUAUUGUCAUGUGUCUCAAAAGAGUCAGAAAUGUGUUUAAUUAAUUAAGACAAGUUAAUGAGCAAAUUAUUCUCUCUCUCUGUUGCAAAUUCCUAAGUGAGCUAUGUGAGAAUUUCAUUUUAUACAUUAUAUAUCCUUUGCUUUUAGUCUUGAAAUACUAUUUUCAUUUGCAAUUGUGUUAUGAAAGGAAAUAUUUUUCAAAGAUAUUCAGUUAAUGACGGACAAAUAAAAAAAAAAAAAAAUGUGAGGACAAAAAAAUACUGUUCUUGAUUAUAAAGUGUUUUUUGCUGUGUAUACGAAUAUCCGAAACACACCGUGGAAUGCAAUUUGAAUUUGAAUGAAUCUGAAUCAUCCCCCACAGUAACUUCACGCGAAUUCAAAGUUUCUCGGUUUCUCCUCUGAUAUUGAGCAGAAUAUUUAUCGGCUUAUUGUGCUGAAAUCCAAAUCCACGGUUCCCGAAUCCGUGAUUGAUCGUGGCAAUCGAAAGUUCUCACGCUACUGUAAUUCCUAGAAACGUUAUUUAUUAUUCUCCUGGCUCUGUUAUGUUUGAAAUACUGUAUAUAUAUGUUGAACUUUCAACUCGAUACUCUUAAGUUAAACUCGUAUAGUUUUUUCCCCAAUCUUUCUUUUUUUUAUUAGGAUCGAAAUGUGAUAUAAAAAUUUAAUAUAAAGAUUUUACAUCAUUGUUUCACAUUGGCUCCGUGA